GGAAACUCUGCAAUCAGAGGGAGCAGAAACCCAGAUUGAGGGAAGGACGAGAUUUGCAGUAACGUCUUGUGUAAGAACCUUUAGGUUAGACUGGAUGCCUGUGGAAUAAUCCGUUAACUGGGGUGAAUCCCCUACAUUUGCAUGUGACCAUGGAGGAUUAUGAUUACCUGUUCAAAAUAGUGCUGAUAGGAAAUGCAGGAGUGGGCAAAACUUGUCUCGUCAGACGCUUCACUCAGGGUCUGUUCCCACCCGGCCAAGGUGCCACGAUCGGGGUUGAUUUCAUGAUCAAAACAGUGGAAAUAAAAGGGGUGAAAGUAAAGCUUCAAAUCUGGGACACAGCGGGCCAGGAGAGGUUCCGCUCUAUCACACAGAGUUACUACCGCAGUGCCAAUGCCCUCAUCCUCACAUACGACAUCACCUGCGAGGACUCCUUCCGCUGCCUUCCGGAGUGGCUGAGGGAGAUCGAGCAAUAUGCCAACAACCAAGUGGUGACAAUCUUAGUUGGGAAUAAGAUUGACUUGGCUGAAAAGCGAGAGGUCCACAGACAAAGAGCGGAGGAAUUUGCCGAAGCCCAGAGCAUGCUCUACCUGGAGACGUCCGCCAAAGAAUCCGACAAUGUGGAGAAACUCUUCCUGGACCUGGCCUGUGAACUGAUUCGUGAAGCCAAGCAGAACACAUUGGACAACAACGAAUCUGCCCCCAUGCCUGGAGAAGGGAAGAACAUCAAUUACUUAAGCUGCUGCAGCAUCAACUAGAGAACUUGGCUGCAAAUCUGGCGAAGGGCUCUGGGCUCUGGCCUCUCCCCACGGAGUACGUAAAGUGGUGGUAAUUCUUGACGUCCUCUGCAUAGUUGCGAUGAUUCCUCUUCGCCACCACAGUUGAGGUUUAGGAUACUUCAUUAACCCUUAUGUGAACCCCUGGGGUAUUUUUAAAAACUAUUCACUGUACUUAUAGAAUGUCAAGAGGAGAUGAUAUAUAUGCUGCUGCCACUGAGGGGAACUGAAGCUCCUAAAUGCUCCUAAAGGCCUUGUUACAGAAUACUGCUAGUUGGAGUACUUAAAGGAAAGCCACAGGCCAGACAAUGAGAUUUUAUGCACUUCUGUAAAAUACUAAAGAUGUGUAAGCCAAUGCGUCUGCUGUUUGAGAGAUUUGAGAAAAAAUGCAGGUCUUCACCAGCAGGGUCACCUCAUUCGGAAUCACAAAAAAAAUUACAUCUCACGUAAUGACAAAUGCGACAACAUUGUGUAGUAUUGUAGUGCCCCUUAAUUCAAGUGUUGCUCAUAAUGCACUUCCAGAACAUUGUUAGCAAUGAGCUCAUUUAGUAGUUUUUUUCUUUUUCUUGAAGACUAAUAUUGACAAUUUCUGAACAUGCCAGAGAGAGACCAUCUUAAACAGUUAGCAGAGGGAAAGUGAAAUGUCUGUGCAUUAUAGAAUCUAAUUAACACUGACAUUUCAGAUCACUUCAAGAGAGAUCUUCUCUUAUUUUUUUCUCAGCAGCAUAGUUUACAGCUGGUCUUUGGGAUUCUCACUUGAUUUUGAUUUUAUUUGAGUGCUUUAUGUAAAUUGUGAGAGCUUUGCUGGUCAGAAAUUUGCUUCCACCAUACAUCAAACUAAAGUAAUUGUACAGCCACUUGAGUGCAUGAAGUUGCUGAACUUGCAUUAAGUUUCCACAAGCUUAUUUUAGAUGCAAGCUGAAAGUCAGUGUUUGCUAGAUGCUUGUGCAUUUCUUAACUUUUCCUUCUGUGCCCAAUACACUUAAAAAUUGAAGUCAAUUGUGAACACUGUGGAAAUAAGAUUUUGUGCAUUAAUAGUAUCCUUUUAAUUGGAUCUGUGGGAACAUUUUAAUACAGUAGUGUGUAGGUUUUUGGACUGUCAUGCAAUUUUUGUUGCUUUGGCUGUAGAUUCCAAAAAAGUGGAUUUGAAAAGAAACAGUGACUAGGAGGUUAAAGUGCAGACAGUCAUCUGUAAUUAAAGGGUGUGAAUUCCCAUAGUGGGUAAGCCUUGUGUUGCUGCAUUUCUAGAUCAUCUACAAGAUACCUGUCAAAACACCUGUUUGGUUUGAAGUGAUACCUAGAUUCUAGUGACAUUUGCAUUGCUGUUGCUCUCUCUUAAAGAGUACCAAAGUAAUGUCAAUGCAAGUAAGGUAGGCCGUUCUAAGAAAAAUCAAUAAGAAUCAGAAUAAAUCAAUCCAUGACAGCUGAAACACUAAUUAGUUAAAAUAGGUUUUGUGCAUAAUUAAGAAGUAGGUAUGCACUGUUGAGGUAGGCCAAGGAAGACCACAGGAGUAGAUGACUGAAAAAUAUUUUCAUUCAUUAACGGGAAAAAAAACCCUGUUCAGCUUUUGAAUUCUCUCCAGGAUGUAGGCACAGAUGCGUCAAAACUACCAUAAAGAUAAGAAUGCACCAGCAUGACUUGAGAUUGUUCACUACAAGAUGCAAACCACUGAUAAGCUUCAAGAACAAAAAGCCUAAGCUACAGUUUGCUAAAACUUUGCCUGGGACAAAGUCUUAUGGACAGGUGAGACAAAGAUUAGUCUGUACCAGAAUGGUGGUAGGAGGAAACAGAAUAUGAUACUCAUCUGUGAAACAUGGUGGAGGUAGUGUCAUGCUCUGAGCUUGUAUAACUUUUAGUGUAAUAGGUGGCUAACAUGGCUACCAGUGGCGACGAGAAGAUUAAUUCUGAAAUGUAGAGAAGCAUCCUAACAGCUCAGAUCCAAUUAAAUGCCCCACAACUCACUAAAUAGUUUUUCACUGUGCAGCAGACAUACUGCUAAGGAGUUCUUAGGGAAAAAAAUGUAAUGUAAUGUUUUCAACUAAGUCAAUCACAUGAGCUAAAUAGCACUGUGCAUGCAUUUCAUUUACUGAAGGCAACUGAAGUUCCUGGAAAACAAGCAGGAACUGAAAGUUAAAGUUAAGCUGAUGUUCUGCACUUUAAAAUCUCAUAGUAUCUGUUUCAUUCAAAAUCCAAAAGGACAAAGCCAAAAUGACAACAAUUGAGUGCACUUUGUGUAAAAAUAAGAAGUCCUGCAGUCAUUUUUGAUAUUAUGCAGUAGCAACUCAGUGAUCAAACUGCAGUUUAUGACACAUCAACACAUUUAUCUUGUGGACUCUCCUCAGUAUGUACAAGUAGUCACAUCUGCAGUUUUGCAAGCAUGAAAAGCAGUUUAAUUUGGAUUCAGUGGAGUUGAAUCAGAAGGGAACACAAAACUAACAGCCAUUGUAAUGUUGCACUGCACAGCCCCAGUUCUGGAUGGCUACAGUACAGUACAGUUUAGUCUUUUUCCUGAUUUAGCACCCAUUUCAAUCCAUGAGAUAAGUUUUAAUCCCUUCAUAACUUGAUUCCUAUGUAUUAUAUUAGGGAAAACACUGUUCUGUGCAGACCUGUGGCUCUACGGUAGUUGUGUGCCCCUGUGCCUCGGGAAUCAAGGCUAUGUAUUUGCACACUGUCCUUAAAACUGAACAUGCUUCACUUUCUUUUAUGUAAAUGGCUAUCAGCGGUGUUCAUGUGCAUCUGGAUGCCCAAAAAUGUAAUCUGUGGUAAGCCGAAGGCCACCAAAUAUUAAGUGAAUUCCACGUGAUUUGUUUAUGAUAGCAUUGACUAUAUUGUGUCAUUAUCAGAAUUUUCAUAAUUUGCGCAGCCUGACAUGUGAGCUACAUUCUGAAUCUUGCUGAUUACUGGUUAAUAAUCUAACACCUAUUUCAUUCUGACUUUAGCUCUCAAAAGAGUAGUCUCUAUGAUGUUUUAGCCGAUUCUGCCUUUCUUCCAUUUUAAAACCAAUAUUAUUAGCAUAUAAUACAUAUAAUGGAAAGCUUUGUUUGUUUAGUGAAGCCUUGGUACUGAAAUCUUCUCAGCAAUUUGUUAAAGCUUUUGACAUGGGAGUGAGUGUGUGGAUAAUUUGUUACAUUCAGUUAUUGUCGGCACAUAUAUGGCACUUCACCACAUCAAACCACAUCAGUUUUUUUUCCACAAUGUGAUGUGAUAAAAUCUGACUUUGUUCCUUGCCCUUUUCUUGAACAGUGUUGUUGUGCAUCUUGAUUAAGUUUGAAACAGUUGGAAAGUGUACCUCCAUGUUGACUUGACUCUAUCGUAUGGUUGUUUGCACCUGUAUUACAAUGGAACUGUGAAUUUCAUCUUUUAUAGAUUUUUCGAUGUUUUACUUGCUGCUAAAAAGCAUGUUCAUUUCUUCAAUCUGAUCCAUUUUUUUCUUUAACCAAAUUCAUAGAAAUCCUUCACAGGUUUUUUGAAAACCUUGCCUCUUAUGCUGUGUGUCACCUGUGAUAAGGAUUUAGACAUUUUGUGAAGCGAAACUCAACCGUCCAGAAAAUCCAUCUUUCAAAUCGAUAAAUAACACAUGAUCUCCUGAAUGGCAUAAACAUCAUUUUUAUUUUCAAGAUUUUUUGUCUUGUGCUAGCCGUUUGAUUUACAUUUGAUUUAAUUUUGCCUUUUUAGCCGUUUACCUGUUAUGGCCAUAUUUUCUAUUAACACAUUUUAUUUCAAAGUGAUAACCUUUUCUAAUUUUGUAUAUAGACUAUUUUUUUUCUAUAUGUUUUAUGUCGUGCCAUGCACAAUAUGCUCUUUGUCAGGUAAUUUGUCUAGCUUUAUUUUACAGAUAUUUGUCAUAUUGUAACAUUUUGCAUUGUAUACCAGUGGGACUUUAGCCCUUUCUUUUAUAUAUGUUAGGCCCUAAUUUCCAGAAUAGUAUUAUGAAAAAUUUUACAGGUUUCUUAUUCUAACUAUCAUAUUUUUAUGAACCAUUUCAUUAUUUUAAAAAAAGGUCUCAAACUGAUAAACUCCUUUAAAUUGUGAGAAUGCAAACACCAUUCCUUUAAAUGACCGCAUUUGAUUUCAGUUUUCAUUUUCUGUUUGAGCAUUAGGCUAUCACUGUUAAAUUUGUCGAAUGUUCCAUUUUUAGUGACUUUCUGAACUGUGACUGGUAGAAAAACUGUUGCUAUUCAUGAGUUACGUCUAAGACCUGAACUCUACAGUACAACUACCGAAUUUCAUGAUGUUAUACUUUGUGCAGUUAUGUUUCAGUAUCAUGUUUUUGUUACUUCUCACACUGUGUGUAGGCUGCAAGUAAAUAUAAAAACUUGUCCCAAUUAAAUAUGAAGUUAUGCUGUU